UAAAUGAGAAACAGCAGUGCUGCUUAGCCUAGUAUUCCGUGAAUUUACUAUUGUUGUAUUCUUAGGUAUCCGUUUUUUCCUGUCUUUUUGGCAUCAAGAGGAGGUUUACCGGAAGUUUCCAUUUUAAGAUCUAAAUAAUGUCGGACUACAGGCCGAUAGAUGCAAAGCGUGAAGAAUUCCGAAAGUAUUUGGAGGGUGCUGGCGUGUUGGAUGCGCUGACCAAGGUAUUCAUCUCAUUGUAUGAGGCCCCUGAGAAGCCAACGGACCCGCUAGAGUUUGUCCGUUGCAAUAUUGGUGAUAAUGUACCAGAUAUGGCAGAAUAUGAAGCAGUACAAGCGGAGCUGGCACGUAACAGUGAUGCAAUCGAGAAAUUGCGGGCUGAGAAUGAAGCUCUACGUGCACGCAUUGCUGAGUUGGAGCCGGUGACAGAGGGUGGUGAAGAAGGAGCAGCACCAGAGGAAGGUGCUGAGCAAACGGAAGGAGGAGAGGAGCCACCUGCAGAGGGAGAGGGAGAGGAACCACCACCACCUGAGGAACAACCUGCGGAGUAGUGUCGUGUGUGGCCAAGCCAGCACCUUGACGAGGUCUCACUGCUUGGGAGGCGGUUCAACAUGUCGGGUUUGUACCGCAUAUAUGACUGCAUACAAAGAAGUAAUAAAUGGUUGUUAUAGAAAAAUACCAGUUUAUUUAAUAAGCUUAAAACUAUGAUUCAAUCCCAGAAAAAAGAAACAAGACAUUAUGGAGGAGCAGCAAGUGAUGAUGU